UUAGCCUGUCAUGUCAAGGACACUGAGAGGGGUGGUAGGUCCGGACCCAGGGGCCAGUCCAUGUCUGCUCCAAGUCAGAAGACUCAGAAACCAGAGACAGUUCGCAUCAUCACAAAGGACCUUAUCCGAGACCUGAAGCAAGUAUCAGUCAAUACCUCAAUUUCUCAUUCGGUUACAAUGUGAUCAUCAAGUCUAAUGCUUUGUGAACAUACCAGUACUACACUUAGCAUUGUUUAUUACGGUUUACUUAUUAUAAAAGAGAAUGCCAUCCAGUUCCAUAAACCUACAUUGCACCAAUAAACAUAUCCCACAAUCACAUUUUACAAGUGGUGGUGAAUUACAAAAAAACAAAACAAAGCUGUCAUUUUGCCAGGAUCCCAAGAAAGGAUCCGUCUGGGCUGUCUGUCAUCCUCCGCCCAACUGAGAUCGAGCGGAUCAGAAGAGCUUCUCGGGUUUCAACCAAGGAGGAGCUGGAGGCCACGCUGGAAGCCCAGAGGAGGGAGAGAGAAGCAGCUAUGGUGAGAAAGGACGAAUGCACCUGAUGAAUUUGUAAGCAACCUUUCAACAUGAAAUCUGGGUGACUAACUGGCAGUACAGGGUCCCAGCUACAGCACUACACCCUUGUGGAGAUGUAACAGCAAUAAACCAAACUAACCUCUGCACUGUUCUAAUGUUGCUGUUUUUUCUGACAAGGAUGCUGCUGAGGAUCGGAAGGCCCAUAUCCGCCAGGCUGACUGACCUUUCUCGUCAGAAGAACCAGGACCUAAGUGAGCUGGAGGCCGAGGCCAAGGAAAGAGCUCAGUACCUGCUGGAGAGGGCCAACGCCAUGAGGAUGGAGCAGAAGGACGAGGUCAAGAAACUCAAUGAGGUACAGCAAGAGAAUCAACCGGUCACUCUCUCAUUGCUCACUCUUUCUCUUUACUUUGCUACUCUUUGUUAUUUGUUUUAUCUCAGCUUCAGUCCCAAUAUCACUGCAAUAUCACACAUUUCCCAAGUUAUUCUACCCAUGCCCAGUCCAGACUCUUCCAUCUCUGUGUCAUUGUGGGUGUCGUGUAUGGUACCUUAUUGUUGUGGCCAGUUGAUCCUGGGUGCCCAGUGCCACGCGGUGAGGGAUGCCCAGAUCAUAGAGAGGCAGCAGAUCCUGGCUGAGCUGCAGGAGGAGGAGAGGCGACUGGAUGCCAUGAUGGAGGUGGACCGCAGGAGAGCCCUGGAAGCCCAGGAGCAGGUCGACGAGCUGCGCAAACACCAGAGGAUCCAGUGAGGGGCACACAUGCUCACACACACAUACACACCCACACAAUGGUCCAUUUAAAGUCAAAUACACUACAUCGCCUCAGCUGUCUUCCCUGUGUGUGUCUAUAGGGGAAAGCAGCUGAUUAUAAACCAGAUUGAGGAGCGUCUGGAGGACAGGAUGCUGCAGAAUGAGAUGAAGGAGCAGGAGGGCCAGCAGAUGCUGGAGAACCUGGAGAGGAUGCAGAUGGAGGAGCUGGAGGUAUUGUUAGUUAGAGACAAGUCUCCUUGUACAGUACAACAUUCUUAUAGCAAGGCUAAUGUAUUUCCACUUUGAAUUUCAGUUAGAAAUUCCUCAUGAAUUAGCCUGGUCCAAAAUCUGUUUGUGCUCUUGCAACUCAUGAAUAUCAUUCAUGAAUUAAUCAAAUCAAAUCAAAUGUUAUUGGUCACAUGCGCCGAAUACAACAGGUGCAGACAUUACAGUGAAAUGCUUACUUACAGCCCUUAACCAACAGUGCAUUUAUUUUAAACAAAAAAAGUAAAAAUAAAACAACAACAACAAAAAAAAGUGUUGAGAAAAAAAAGAGCAGAAGUAAAAUAAAGUGACAGUAGGGAGGCUAUAUAUACAGGGGGGUACCGUUGCAGAGUCAGUGUGCGGGGGCACCGGCUAGUUGAGGUAGUUGAGGUAAUAUGUACAUGUGGGUAGAGUUAAAGUGACUAUGCAUAAAUACUUAACAGAGUAGCAGCAGCGUAAAAAGGAUGGGUGGGGGGGCAGUGCAAAUAGUCCGGGUAGCCAUGAUUAGCUGUUCAGGAGUCUUAUGGCUUGGGGGUAGAAGCUGUUGAGAAGUCUUUUGGACCUAGACUUGGCACUCCGGUACCGCUUGCCGUGCGGUAGCAGAGAGAACAGUCUAUGACUAGGGUGGCUGGAGUCUUUGACAAUUUUGAGGGCCUUCCUCUGACACCGCCUGGUAUAGAGGUCCUGGAUGGCAGGAAGCUUUGCCCCAGUGAUGUACUGGGCCGUACGCACUACCCUCUGUAGUGCCUUGCGGUCGGAGGCCAAGCAGUUGCCAUACCAGGCGGUGAUGCAACCAGUCAGGAUGCUCUCGAUGGUGCAGCUGUAUAAUUUUUUGAGGAUCUGAAAAAUCGUAAUGCAGUUACUGUAGGCAGAACGAAUAAUAAACGUCAGAAUGGUGUGUGUGUGUCCCAGGCUCUGGAGAGGAAGAAGGAGGAGCAGCAGCGUCUGCAGCAGGAGAUCCUUCGUAUCAAUGAUGAAAGCCUGCUGGCCAAGGAGCGCAAGAAAGAGGAGGAGAGACGGAGUACACCCACAAGAAAAUGGUAAGAGGUACUCCAUUAUGAACUUCUUAAUUAUUGGUCUUUGGCCUUCUUGUUUUGGUAAGAAAGCAGAAGGGCAAAACAGUUGUCUAAGGCUGUGUUUACACAGGCAGCCUAAGUCUGAUCUUUUCCCACAAAUUGGUCUUUUGACCAAUCAGAUCAGCUCUUUUGCCAAUAAUUGAGUAAAAUAUCAGAAUUGGGCUGCCUGUGUUAAAGCAGCCAAAUAUACUUUUGUGUGACCCCUACAGGAGCGGGAGGCUGAGUACGAGGCUGAACAGAGACGCAUCAAGAGUGAGAAGGAGAAGGAGGUGGCCAGACUGCGAGCCCUACAGGAGAGAGACAAAGACCACAAGGCAGAGCAGGUGAGCAGCACCAAAGUUCCAUUUGUUUUACAGUGGCUCACACUGACCUGUUGUUGUCGUAAUUGAUCAUAAAAGGAAUGGAGGAAUGGUUACAGUGGUUUUGUGUAUGACUUUGUCAGGAUGAGCUUCGAGCCAGGAGGAACCAGGAGGGAGCGGCGAGGGAUUGGAGGAGAAAAGAGAAGGAGCACCUCAAGAAGAAGGUGGAUGUUGAGGAGAGGUUGAAGGCAGCUCGCUUGGAGCAGGUCACACACAAGGAGCACCUCCUGUCCAUCGAGGCUGGGCGAGAGAGGGCUGGGUUUGAGAGGGUGUUGAGGUGCACCAUGACACAAUGUAAAUGUACCCAGUGAGCACACACUGGUUGAAUCAACGUUGUUUCCACGUCAUUUCAAUGAAAUUAUGUUGAACCAACGUGGAAUAGACAUUGAAUUGACGUCUGUGCCCAGUGGGUAGUUACUACUGUACUAACUUGAUCACACACUUGUAUUACAGUUGGGCGGUUUCAUAAAUCAAAGCAUAACACUAUGCUAUGUCUUGGACAACCAGGUUUGAAAGUGUUAGCAAAGGCCUCUGUAUUAGCAGUAGAGUUUUACAGUAUUUUUUUCUCACCCCAGGGCCCAGCAGGCAUCCAUCUGUAAGGAGAAGGACAAGGAGGAGAAACACAGGAUCAAGAUGUUGCGUCACGCGGACGGGGUGCGCCAGCAGGUAAGGGAGCGGGAGAUGCAGGCCAUCGCCCUGCGCAGGGAGGUCUACAAAGAGGGAGACCGGCUGGACAAGGAGGCCCGUCAUCGUCGCAUCCGCCUUGACGAGAUCAAGGAGAAGAAGCUCAGGGAGCUCAAGUAA